AUGGUUGGAAUAGAAAUAGAUAGCUUUGAGCAGCUGCGUCAGGUGGACCUAUUCGGUGCCUUGACAAAGACGUUUGCCGAUGCUGAGUCUUCAAACAACCUUGUGUUUGUGAAGUCGAACAGUGAGCUCAUCAGGGAUGAACAAACUGGAAUGAUGUGCGAGUUGAAGAUCGUGCAGGGUUUGGCCUCAAGGCCGAUCAACAGACCAAGCGAUCCCACUUCUUCCGCGGACGGAGCACAGAGAGAGAAAAAAGAGGAAUCCAAGGAAGAAAAAGAGGAGAAACUGGCUCAGGUUCAGAGCAAAAAUCCGUUCUUGUUACCAGAACCAGAAUUGACUGUUAGUGAUGAUCUCUUGAAGGAUUACAGAUUGAUUCUGAACAAGUAUCCAAACAGCCUGGACCAUUUUCUGAUGGUAACCCGCAAGUUCGUACCUCAAGAUACUUUACUUUCACCACUGGAACUUCAGCUUAUGUAUGGAAUUCUGAAGAACCUGAACGAUGCCAAAAACGGGGCCCGUUUCUUUGGCUUCUUCAAUUCCGGACCCCAGAGUGGUUAUUCGCAAUAUCACAAACAUAUGCAAUUCAUGAGAAUACCUGACAACUUUCCAGUGUUUCCGGACUCAGUGGUCAAUGGAGUUGAAGCGUUUUUGCCUGGAGAUCUUGCCCAUCAGAAACAGCCGAUGAAGAACAACGACCUUUCUUUCCAGCAUCUGAUUCUGCCUCUGCCUUCUAAGUUCGAUGAUGACGAAGCAUGUGAAGACUGGUUGUCCAUGGCUUAUAUGGCACUUGUUCGCCGUGCAAUGAACAUAUUCAAGGAUUCAGACCUGGAAUUUGAAAAGAUUUCGUACAACUUCCUGAUCACCGACAGAUGGAUGAUGCUGGUUCCACGGAGGUUUGCACAUCACGGCGUCAUUUGGAUCAACUCGCUUGGAUUUUUGGGAUUGUUUUCAACCAAAAAUGAGGAGACCAAGCAAGUCAUUUUGGAUCUAGGAUUCUCAACAAUACUGAAGGAGGUGGGGUUUCCUAACGAUGGUCAGGAACACCAGCCUGGUCCCAACGAGGCCUAUUAA